UAUUUUACGUUGAUGGACCAUCUUUUCUUCUCCUUUCCAAUGCUGUUCACUUUCAUUAUCUUUCUGUUCACGUUGCUGAAACCUGGGAAGAGAUUCAGAACCAACAACUUGACUCUAAAUCUACCACCAGGGCCAUGGAAGUUGCCUGUUAUAGGGAACAUGCACCAACUUGCUGGCUCUCUGCCCCAUCAUUCAUUAAGUGAUCUAGCCAAGAAAUAUGGCCCCUUGAUGCACCUUCAGCUUGGAGAGGUCUCAAACAUCAUUGUUUCUUCUCCAGAAACUGCUGCAGAAGUGAUGAAAACCCAUGACAUCUUUUUUGCCAAUAGGCCUUAUCUGCUUUGUGCAAAUAUUGUAUCUUAUAAUGCAACAGACAUUGCAUUUUCACCUUAUGGAGAUUAUUGGAGGCAGCUGCGAAAAAUUUGCACGUUGGAGAUGUUAACUUCAAAACGUGUGCAAUCAUUCAGUCCAGUUAGGGAAGAAGAAGUAUCAAAGCUGGUUAGAGCAAUUUCUUCCAAAGCAAGAUCACCAGUCAACCUUAGUAAGAUGCUAUAUUCUCUCACAUAUGAAAUUGUUUCAAGGACUGCUUUUGGUGGGAAAUGCAAAGAGAAAGAGGAAUUCACAUUACUUUUCAGGGAAGCUAUAAAAUUGGGUGCAGGAUUCACUAUUUCAGACUUGUUCCCUUCAGUAAAAUUGCUUCAGUUCUUCAAUGGGUUGAGGCCUAAACUUGAGAGGCUGCACCAAAAAGUGGAUAAGAUUCUUGAAAAUGUCAUCAAUGAACAUAAAGCUAGCAAAGGAAUGGCAAGGAGUGGUGAGGGCGAAUCGGAUGACCUUGUAGAUGUUCUUUUGAGUCUUCAAGAGCAUGGUAACCUAGAAUUUCCUUUAACAAUUGACAACAUCAAAGCGGUACUAUUGGAUAUUUUCAUUGCUGGGAGUGAUACAUCAUUCACAGCAGUAGAAUGGGCAAUGUCAGAAAUGCUGAAAAACCCAAGAAUUUUGCAGAAGGCUCAGACAGAAGUGAGGCAGGUUUUCCAUAGAAAGGGAGAUGUUGAUAGUGAAAGGCUUCAUGAAUUAGAGUACUUGAAGCUUGUCAUCAACGAAACUUUGAGAUUGCACCCUCCUAUUCCUUUGCUACUUCCGAGAGAGUGCUCUGAGAGAUGCAAAAUUAAUGGAUACGAUAUACCAGUCAAGUCCAAAGUCAUCAUUAAUGCGUGGGCGAUUGGCAGGAACCCUGACUAUUGGACUGAAGCUGCAAGGUUUUAUCCAGAGAGAUUUCUUAAUAGUUCAAUUGACUAUAAAGGAGCUAAUUUUGAGUUCAUCCCAUUUGGUGCUGGAAGAAGGAUGUGUCCUGGCAUGUUGUAUGGUAUUGCCAAUGUUGAGUUACCUCUUGCACAGCUGCUGUCAUUUAACUGGAAACUUCCUGGUGGGAGAAAGAUAGAAGAUCUAGACAUGGAUGAGGCUUUUGGGGCAGUAGUUAGAAGAAAAAAUGAUCUGUGCUUGGUUCCAAUCCGUUAUUGUUCUCAAACAACUUAAUAAAGACUGCCUGGAGGCAGUUGUUAUCUAUAUUUGGUCAGGAACACAAAUAUCUGACGUCUGGUAAGCAGAACUACCAAAUGCCACUAUGUCAUGAUUUCUACUAAUUUGAAUACUAUGGAUUUCCUUAUUAGUCACUUUUUCCCAAAUAAUUUUAUG